AUGAUAAUGAAGAAAACAACACAAGCUUUUGUUCUUCUAAGUUUGCUUUAUAUACUUCUAUGUCUAUCUUUUCAAGUUGGUGUGACAGAGGCCAGAUUCCGUCACCUAGGUGUGACACCGUCACCGGCGGGAUACGCAGGACCCUCAAAACCAUGUGGAGCUCCUCCUAGAGGAGAACAGAAUUGUCGACUCGUUCCUCCAAGAGCUCCUCGUGUAGCUUCCUCCUCUCCGCCCAACAAGUAG